UAGUCUGGUACAUACCGCGCUUGCGUCAAUGUUUUUGAAGGCCCGUGACGAGUCCGUGUGCUAAUCAAACAUUCGGGACGUUACACAGAUUUCUACAUUAAUAUCCACCUGAUAGCGGUAUUGUAUAACUUUGAGCACCACCUGAUUCGGGGUCGCUCCCAUUGAACCCAGAAUGUCUUUCCCUCACUUAAACCGGCCGCUGUUGCCGCCUCCUGGGUUACCUCCACAGUAUGCAGGUUUCCCUACAGGCACCCCAAUGAUCCCAGUUCAUGUGGGCAUCAUGACAUCCACCCCAACAGUAAUGCUGCCCUCUGUGACAGUGGUCAGUAAGCCUCCUGUCCACAAGAAGGAUAUUAUUCUGCGAGUCAAAGACAACGAUGAGAGCAGUGGCCCCACUACCACAGUGUUCGUGGGGAACAUAUCAGAGAAAGCCUCAGACAUGCUGAUCAGACAGCUACUCGCGAAAUGUGGAAUCGUUUUGAGUUGGAAGAGGGUUCAAGGAGCUUCUGGAAAGCUUCAAGCCUUUGGGUUUUGUGAGUACAAGGAGCCAGAGUCCACAUUACGAGCCCUGCGCCUGCUACAUGACCUGCAAAUUGGUGACAAAAAUCUUUUAGUAAAAGUGGAUGCUAAGACUAAAGCUCAGCUGGAUGAGUGGAAGGCCAAGAAGAAGACUGCCAACGGGAAUAAGAAGGCUGACGAUGGAGGUGAUGACGAGGAGGAGGUUCUAGAUGAGGAAACACAGAAAAAAGAUCAGAUUGUCAAAGGUGCGAUUGAUGGAUUGAUGCGGGAAUAUGCUGCAGAACUCAAUGCACCUUCAACAGAUGAGGACUCUCAGCGAAGAAAGAGAAAAAAGGAGAAAAAAGAGGAGGAUGACAUCAACACAAUCGACAUGGAGGAGGACAAGAGAGACCUGAUCUCCAGAGAGAUUAGUAAAUUUCGAGACACUCACAAGAAACUAGAAGAGGAGAAGGACAAGCGGGAGAAGGAGCGGCUGGAGUUUGAGCGGGAGCGGAGGGACCGGGAAAAGGAGCGAGAGCGGGAGAGAGAGCGGCGGGACCGGGAGAGGGAGAAGGAACGAGAGCGCGAGAGGGAAAGGGAGCGAGAGCGGGAGAGAGACCGAGACAAAGACCGAGACCGCAGGACCAGAGAUAGGGAGCGAGAUCGAGACUGGGAGAGGGAAAGGAGCCGCGACAGGAGCCCUGACCGAAGCCGAUCAAGGGAGGUGAGUCGAGACCGAGACAGGGAAAAGAAACGAGACCAAGAAGAUGAAGAGGAGGCGUAUGAACGCAGGAAGCUGGAGCGAAAACUCAGAGACAAAGAAGCAGCCUAUCAGGAGCGACUUAAAAACUGGGAGCUCAGGGAGAGGAAGAAGGCACGGGAUUACGCCAAGGAGUCUGAGAGGGAAGAUGAGCGCCGACGUGAAAUGGUGAAAGAGGGCAAACGGUUAAAAGAAUUUCUUGAAGACUAUGAUGAUGAAAGAGAUGACCCCAAAUAUUACAGGGGCAGUGCGCUGCAGAAGCGGCUCAGAGACCGAGAGAAGGAGAUGGAGGCGGACGAACGUGACAGGAAGAGAGAGAAGGAGGAGCUGGAGGAGAUCAGACAGAGGCUGCUAGACGAGGGACAUCCAAACCCAGACGCAGAGCUACGCAGGAUGGAGGAGGAAGAGGAGGAGCGUCUGAGACAACCUCCCAUCAUCCAAGAGCCGCCGGAGCCCGUGGUAGAACGCGAACGCCACAGAGGUUCAAGAGACCACCGGGAGCGCAGACAAGAGCACCAGGAGCGAGUAGAGGUCCGACCGAGACCCGCCCACUCGGACGACGAAGUGGAGGAGGGCGAAGAAGAAGACUUUGACAACGAUGAAGAUAACCCUGAUGUGAAACCGUGCCUGAAGCCGACGAUGCGGCCCAUCACAUCGGCGCCCUCGGUGUCAUCGGCCAGUGGCAAUGCGUCCCCCAACACACCAGGGGAGGAAUCCCCGUGUGGCAUCAUCAUUCCUCACGAGAACUCGCCCCCUGAGGCGCUGCCGCAGGAAGAGCACCGGCCAAAGAUUGGUCUCAGUCUCAAACUUGGUGCCACAGGAAGCCCCAGUCAGCCCAACACAGGUAAGAGGAAGAAGCUGCCUGUGGACAGUGUCUUCGACAAGUUCGAUGACGAAGAGGCGGACGAACAGCCUCGCAAGAGGAAGCUGGUCCCCCUCGAUUACGACGAUGACAAGAGUCUCGGGGUGGACGGAGCUGGCCUCUCCAGCAUAAAGGGAGCCAACACAGAGGAGAAACGAAAACACAUCAAGAGUCUGAUAGAGAAGAUUCCCACGGGGAAGCCUGAGCUGUUCAACUACCCGUUGGACUGGGCCAUGGUGGACACGACAUUAAUGGAGAGACGUGUUCGACCCUGGAUCAACAAAAAGAUCAUCGAGUACAUCGGGGAGGAGGAGGCAACGUUAGUGGACUUUGUCUGCUCUAAGGUGAUGGCUCACAGUAUGCCACAGAGCAUCUUGGAUGAUGUCGCCAUGGUUCUCGAUGAAGAAGCCGAAGUCUUCAUAGUGAAGAUGUGGAGGUUACUUAUCUACGAAACUGAAGCGAAGAAGAUCGGACUGGCGAAAUAAAGAAGAACACACAACAUGAAGAUACACAUUUUCUUCUUAAGCAUCUUGUAAAAUAGUGUAGCGCAGUAUGUCACCCCAAACAGACUGUACGUUCAGUUCCUGCUCAUUCUCAUACUUGCACCAGUUGUUCAAGUCUGGUCGACCGUUUUUCUCCUCAACAUACUCAGGCUGCGUUCACCUCCCCUCUCUGUUUGCAGGUGCUGACUGUCUGUGUGCUUUUGUGUAAAUACAGAACAUCAUUCUGAGGAACUACUGACAGACACUGAGGACCAUUGUUCUGGUGCCAGAUAAGGUGUCUUUGGUCCUCUAUUUUAUUUGUGUACAUGCAUCACACUUUGUAAGAGCAGUCAUCCGCCGGAUUAGUUUACUUCUUCCAUGAACUUUUCUUUGACAACUCUGAGGUGUAAAAUCUGUUCUGCAGUUCAUAGUGUGUUUAUAUUAGUGGACUCAAAAUUUAGAGUAUGCGUAACACCACAAGGAUGUGAUUUUCUUCUAUUUUUUUACAGGGUUAUUUAUUCAGGGAUUCGGAUACAGCUCAGAUUUAUUUCUGUCAACGUACAACACAUGUUCCCUGUCUUCAUUUUUCCGUAUCACAUUCCUGAUGAACACGUCGGCAUGCUCUCAUUGUCAGACCAUUUAAAAAGCACCUUGUUGUCAUGUGAUAAAAGACCCACAAAAUAUCAGGGGUGGUGACAUCUCUGCAGCUGUCAAAGCACACACACAAGCGCGUGUCAUAACCACUAUAGGAAAAUGAGUUCAGAACAGGAGCGUGAUGUGAAGAUGAUCCUCAUUUGUUUUUGUAUCGGUGAACAUUUGAAUAAAAAUGAUUUUUUAUAAA